CUAUUCAAAAGUUCUGGAAACCCUCAGGGGUAUUUUACUCGUCCCUUCACUAAGACAGUCUAUACUGCUUUAUCCACAACUACACCUAUUUAGCUACGUAAGCUUAAUGUCUGUGCCGUUUUGGCAGGAUGGAUUUAUGGAUGGGUAUGCAGCGAAUCAGAUUCGACCUGAAUCGCUCUUGGCAGGGUAUGUAUAUGGCAAGGGAGAAGUUGGACAUCUCUUAUUUUUUCAUACCUUAUUAAUAAUAAUAACCCCCCUAUCAAUCUCCAAUCGCCCAACUACCGUUCGGCCAUCUCUAGAUGAUUUAGGUACUCGCUUCUGCAUGGGUACCUACUUAAUCUACCCUAUAGAUGCAAAUUUAGGGUUUCCAAAGGCCUGGACCAGUAAGAAAACCAUAUAAAAGAAUUACCCGUAUAACGUCGCGCGAGAUCAAAUGCCGAUUCCUAUGGCGUCAAGCGCACCGAGUUGGCCGGGCGUACGUCCGGUCAAGACAUGCACGGAAUGCAAACAGUCGAAGCUUCGAUGCGACUCCAAGGAUAGAUUUCCAAAUCCUUGUACAAGAUGUCAGGCGAGAAGCCUAACCUGCACGGUUGAUCCGUCUUUUCGGAGAACGCCAGCUCGAAAACGACUUGAGGCUAUGUCAAGAGAGUUACGAGAGCUGCGUGACCAAAGAUUAGCAGAAGCCCGAGCUAGCUCUACUACGAGUCCGGAUCCAGACACUUCACGAUCGCAGGAUUCGUCCAUCAAUGCAUCACAAUCAUCGUUUACUCUCCUGCUGGAUGAUUUCGACCUGAUGGGCUUGGAAUCGUUCGACCUCGGCGGUGUUGUAAUCAGCAAUCACACGGUCUUUGAGGCAUUCAAGCAUUUUACCACCUAUUUCCACCCACAACUCCCGAUACUGGGACCAAUAUCGCUCAAGACCAUUCACCAGUCUCACCCAUUUUUGUUUUGGACGAUAAUCGUAGUAAUCGCACUGCGUUUACCCAUAGCUUCGGAUGAGACCUUGUUCGAGCGACUUCAUGAGCCUUAUUUACGAAUGCUCCGAGAAGAGGUUCUACGGGCACCGAUACCUCUAAGCAAGAUCCAGGCUCUGUUGAUUAUCUGUAUGUGGCCGCUACCGGUACCCCACCAAAGGGAUGAUCCAAGUUGGCUAUAUUGCGGUAUAGCUGUAAAUGCGGCCCUUUACAUGAGUCUCCAUAAGUCAAGCCCAAGAUCAGGCUUCACCCUGUCUUCACACAGCGUCGGUCUUGUCGGAGGGAAUGCCCGCGAAAGAACAAAUACGUGGUUGGGCUGCUUUUAUGUUAGCACAUCUCUCAGUAUGCAUUUAGGUCUUCCUCCGAUGAUCAAUACUCCUUCUGAUCUUGCUGCUAUCCGGUCAACUCUCAGUGAAAAUACGCUCCCCCGCGAUUUCGCUGUUCAGCUUAGAGUAUUGCUUACGUUGGCGGGGUUCACCAAUGUCCUUGUGCAUAAUUCAAACGAUGGUGUAAUUGACUCCUCAGUCAUUCAGCUUCUAGACGGCGAGCUAGAUGCACUGAAAGUAACUUAUCCCGAUGGGUGGACAAGCAUGACUGACCUUGCUGUUCUGGUUGUUAAGAUGCACAUUUACACUCUGGUGAUAACCAGGUCCCAACCAGGCACAGGUGCAAAGGAAAUAUUACUCAAGCUGGGGCUGGCCGCUGCCCUACGAAUUAUUCAUCUGGCAAAUUCGCGCUUUCACGAAAGACUAGAUAAGGACCAGACUUUGACAGCAGUACAGCGCGAAAAGACGCUACCCAAAGACUACUAUAGGGGCUUAGUAUUUGCGACGAUAUUCCUCUUAAAGUAUUUCAGUCUGAAUAACAACGCGAACGCCGAAGAACAACAGCUGGCAGCGAACCAUGUAAUCAUGGCACAUACAAUAUUUAAAACACUGGUUACACGCCCACGAGAUGAAUACGACAGGGCUGCCACUCUAUUUGAAACUCUCUGCAAACAAGCACCUGCUUCUGCAGAUGCUAAUAGCAGCUCUAGUCUUCCAGAUCGGAUGGGGGUAUCUAUCGUAUUAGAUGCGAUUGCCACAGCGCGAGAGCUACGCGGCUUGCCUAGAAAUCCGUCGGUACCCGAGAUCUCAGUUACUGCAGAAGCCGUACCGAGAGAAAAUGAUAUAUCGCAUCCCGAUGUCUUUACUGGUAACACCCAGGUGGAGGAGCCUUGGUCGUCGGAUGUAGUGUUUGCUAAUAUGUUUUGGGGUGAUCCUUCGUGGGAUAUUUUCAAUAUUCCCGCUGAUACGUCGCAAUUUGAUUCAGGACAUGGGUUAUAGGGGUUGGUUCAUAUACCUAAUAAAGCAAGGCAUUGCGAAAGAACUGCGAAAAAAAAACUUUGGCAUAAUUGCCUGGGAUAUAACAAGUAUGUAAAUAAUAAUUCCAAAGUG